CUCGCCUAUAAAUAUCCGAGACUGCGUUUUGCUCAUGUUGAAGAAAUUUUGGGACCCAGAAAAACCCUCUUUAGCGUGAGAAAUCACAGCGAAAGUAGCGAAGAGAGAAGAGAUUUUCUCUUGAAUCUGCUGAUUUCUCACGCAUUCCCCCGAUUUUCGCUUGAGUUCACGAAAUCGUGUUGACGAAUUCCGAUGAGUCGUUUAGGUCACAAAUCCGUGGUUUAUCACGGAGAGUUGCGUUUGGGGGAACUUGAUGUCAACCAGGUUUCCUCAGGGAACGAAUUUCGGUUCCCGAACGAUGAGAUUCGAAUCCAUCACAUCUCUCCGGCUGGCGAGAGGUGUCCUCCGCUCGCGAUUCUCCAGACUAUUGCUUCUUUUGCCGUUCGAUGCAAGCUUGAAUCGUCGGCUCCGGUCAAGCCGCCUGAGUUGAUGCACCUACACGCAGUCUGUUUCCAUGAAUUGAAGACUGCCGUCGUCCUGCUCGGAGAAGAGGAGGUUCACUUAGUGGCGAUGCCGAGCAAGGAGAAGAAGUUCCCGUGUUUCUGGUGUUUCUCAGUUCCUUUAGGUCUUUAUGAUUCCUGUUUAAGGAUGCUCAACACCCGGUGUCUGUCUAUUGUGUUUGAUCUGGACGAGACUUUGAUUGUUGCAAAUACGAUGAAGUCCUUCGAGGAUAGAAUCGAAUCUCUCAAAGCUUGGAUUUCACGAGAGAUUGAUCCUGUGAGGAUAAAUGGAAUGUCUGCAGAGCUGAAAAGGUAUAUAGAUGACAGGAUGCUGCUGAAGCAGUACAUUGAUAAUGACUAUGCAUAUGAUAACGGAGUUUUGUUAAAGGCUCAACCUGAGGAGGUCCGCCCAACUUCUGAUGGCCUCGAGAAAGUGUAUAGACCCGUGAUUAGAUUGCCGGAAAAGAAUACUGUGCUUACUCGGAUUAAUCCAGAGAUCCGUGACACUAGUGUGCUUGUAAAGCUGAGACCAGCGUGGGAGGAGUUAAGAAGCUAUUUGACAGCAAAUACUAGGAAACGUUUUGAAGUUUAUGUUUGUACCAUGGCUGAAAGGGAUUAUGCUUUGGAAAUGUGGAGACUACUUGAUCCGGAAGCACACCUGAUUAGUCUCAAGGAGCUCCGAGAUCGUAUUGUGUGCGUUAAAUCAGACGCCAAGAAAUCACUGUUAAAUGUCUUCAAUGGGGGCAUUUGCCACCCGAAAAUGGCGAUGGUCAUUGAUGACCGUAUUAAGACAGCCCUUGCCGUUCCAAUUCUUUGCGUAGCAAGAAAUGUUGCAUGCAAUAUCAGAGCUUACUUUUUCAGGGAAUUUGAUGAGAGUUUGAUGAGUAGUAUAUCUUUGGUUUUCUAUGAAGAUGAUGUGGAAAAUUUACCUCCAUCACUUGAUGUGGGCAACUAUGUCACUAUAGAGGAUCCUGGCGUUGCCUCAAAUGGAAACAUAACUGCUCCUCCAAUUAUCGAAGGAAUGUGUGGGGGUGAAGUGGAACGCAGACUAAACCAAGCGGCUGCAGCUGAUUCUUCUGCUCUUCCUGCAACAAGUAAAGCCGAGCAGAAACCUGAAACCCCUAGGCCCCAGAUAGCAAUUGUACCAAGCAACACUAGCACAACAACUGCAGCACCAUUGUUACCUUCACAUAAACCUAGUUUGCUUGGAGCUCCAAGACGGGAUGGAUUCACUUUUACUGAUGGCGGAAGACCACUUAUGAUGAGGCCUGGUGUAGAUAUAAGGAACCAAAAUUUUAAUCAACCGCCUCUUCUGGCUAGAAUUCCUAUGCAGCCACCUUCGUCUUCUAUGUAUUCUCAGGGUGGUUGGUUGGUAGAUGACGAGAAUAGACCUCCUUUUCCACGACCUUCAGGAGUUUAUCUAAAUCAAUCUUCUCAUGGUAUACCAGGCUCUGCUCCUGUUGGUUCAUUUCCACACCCGUCCCAGUUGAGGAGUGAAGAGGUGGGUAUGGAUGAUGAUCAGAAAAGGCAAAAUCCUUCACGUCAAACAACAGAAGGUGGAAUAUCCCAGAAUCAUUUGGUGUCAAAUGGUAGAGAACAUCAUAUAGAUGGUGGAAAGAGUAAUGGCGGGCAAUCUCAUUUGUAUGUGAGUGCGCUGCAAGAAAUUGGAAGAAGAUGCGGUUCUAAGGUGGAGUUUAGGACUGUGAUGAGUACCAACAAAGAGCUACAGUUUUCAGUUGAGGUUAUGUUCACGGGUGAGAAGAUAGGCAUUGGAAUGGCAAAAACUAAGAAAGAUGCACAUCAACAAGCGGCUGAGAAUGCUCUUCGAAGUUUGGCGGAUUGGUCUGUCUUGUCUGUGUCGCUCUCUGCAGAAAAGUAUGUUGCACAUGUGUCACCUCUAUCUGGAGAAACAGAGAAAGAGUCUCGAGAGGAAAAUGGGUUUUUGUGGGAAAGUAGUGAAGCUGUGUCAAACGAAAGACUUGAAGAAGAAGCGCCUAAAGAAAACAUUUCUUGAGUUUUGAGUUGCCUCAGAAAUGCAUACUGUAGGCAAAGAGAGAUAUGCGGGGAAGGAGACAUAAGGUACAGAUUCCUUACCAAAUUGAGCAAAAGAAUAAGCAAUAGAUCUUGCAAGUGUCCCAGAUAAAGGGACUUUUUGAUGAGUAAUAUAAUUUAAUAUACGGUCUCGAGAAGCUUUUGUACCCACAAGCUCCACCUACAUUAGGCUUGUGUAUAGUGAUUGUAUAUUUUUAGUAUAAGUUGAUGGUUUUUGUUGUUGUUGGAACAAUCUUCUUUUUAUUUGGAGUUGCAAGAGAGUUAUCAUUUAUGUAGUUUGAUUAAGAAUCCUUUUAUCAUUUAGACUUCACAGGACCC